GGUGAUUGGCGCGCCCAGCCCGCGUGGGCCGGCUGACCGUGGGCAGACUGGAUCCCGGGCACCCCGUACCUUCCCCAGGAGCCUCGGGGCCUAGGGCCAGCCGGGCUCCUCGUAUCCGCAGGCCCGGGGCCAGCGACGGAUGCUCUUUUUGUUGGCCGCCGGCCAGAUGGAAGAGCCUCCUGGGAAGCCCCUCAGCUGUGAGGAGAAGGAAAAGUUGAAGGAAAAAUUAGCAUUCUUGAAAAGGGAAUACAGCAAGACACUGGCCCGCCUUCAGCGUGCCCAGAGAGCUGAGAAGUUUAAGAAUUCCAUUAAGAGAACAGUAGAAGGACAAGAUUCCUCGCUCCAGCAGGAAGUUUCAACACAGCUAACCAACACAGAACCUAAAAAUAAAGUAUCUCCUUGUGACACGUUACAAAUCAACACCCACGUCGAUAAAGAAACUGGAGAAAAGACACCUAUCACACUUGACCUUGAGCCUGAGUCCUUUAGCCCUGGACGAGUCCCAGCAGAAGGAUCAUGCACACAAAGAUCAGAUGAUAUCCAAGAACAUUCUCCCUGCAGGGUCAGUGGCCCUGAUGGUAAGAAACGGGAGAGUAAGCUGCUAGGGAGAAGAAGGAAACAGGAGAGAACAUUUAUUUCACAGGAGAGAGAGUCUUUCUUUGACGUUGAUUCGCUCAUACUCUCUGGAAAAAGACUAAAGGAACAGGAAGAAAUCAAUAGAGAAAAUCCUAAGACACCUGUAACUGAGAUAAGAACUUACCCGUCAAGUCCUAAGUUUGACAUUCCGGAUUCUCCAACUCCAGUUACAGGAAAUAAUGUAGGGAGUGUAUUAAUUCUACCAAACGCCAAACCACAGAGAGAUGUUGAUGCACUCUUAAGAGGAAAUAAUUUCCCCAGGGUGACUACUCUUCCUUUGCAUGCUCCGUCAGUCAGCAGUAGUGGUCAGCACCUUGAGCAUAAACCUCCUAAAAGUAACUGUGAACUUACUACUCACAGUUUAAAAAACAUUAGCCCUGCUUCGCCUGUAAACUUAGAGACACAAAAAGAAAAAAUGACUGUCUUUACAGAUAACCCAGAGGUAAACAGAAGUAUAACUGCAAGUGGCCAGCCGCUUAGAAGUCCUAACUUGGAGGCAGAUAAUUCAUGUUCUAUAAAUGAACUCACCUACGAUAACUUAGUGGCAAGUGAAAACCAAAACUUAAAAGAACAAAAUCACACAGAGAUGUCUUUUAAAUCUCCCAAUAAUGCUCUUGGUGGUAGAAAUGAAAGUCCUCUGGAAAAAGAAGUUCUAAGUCAAUCUAAGAGUCUUAGCCUAGAAGUACUUUCUCCUGCUUCUACAGAAAAUCAAACACAUUCUUGCACAGUGCUUGAAGGCCUUCUAUUUCCUGCAGAAUAUUAUGUUAGAACAACACGACGCAUGUCAAAUUGCCAGAGGAAAGUAGCACUGGAGGCUGUAAUACAAAGUCAUUUGGGUGUCAGAAAAAAUGGGUUUAAAAAUAAAAAUAAGGAAUCUGCUAAAAAGUUAAACGUUUCCAAUGAAGAAACUAACCAAAGUGAAAUUAAGAUGUCAGACACAUAUGCAGAACAACCAAGUUCAAAAAGUCCUCAGAAACUUCUCUUGUUAACUGAAGUCAACUCUCCCGCUGGCCCCACUAAAGAUGACUUUUCUAGGAAGGCGGUUACCCAGCCAUCUGGUAGAAAACGCAAAGGAAGAAGAAAGUCAGCCUGCACCCCUCUGUUAGAUCACCAUGAACUACUUUUGCCAACUUCUGGCACAUCAGGUGUUAAUAGGUCCAAGGAAGAAGUUACCUUGCACAAAGAUCGGAAUGAAAAAGCAAUUAUUCAUGGAGUUACAUCUGAUAAGCUGAGCACAAAAUCUAGAUCAUUCACUCCAGUUCUGUGUGAGAGCUCAGCAACUUUCUGUAAAGGGCCAGAUAUGAAGUAUGGUCUUUGUGCUGCAUCACAGCUACAGAAGGAAGGUCAUUGUCAAAAAGAGGACUCCCUUUCUUACAGUAAUUACGUGUAUUUAUCUUUGGAUGAUGAUGCUUUCAGUUCUUCACUUCAUAAGAAUGAAAUGCUAAAUUUAAAGCAUCUGUCGCCUUUUCUCAAAAUCACAGACUUUCAGUUACCUGAUGAAGACUUUGGGCCUCUUAAGCUUGAAAAACUGAAGUCUUGCUCAGAAAAGCUGAUGGAGCCUUUUGGAUCAAAAACGUAUGGAGAGGGACAUCUUAAAGGGGGAAAUUGUGUUGCUGUGGAGGAACUGACCCCUAAACAAAUCACUAUAGAAAAGGAGGAUGGGAAAGAGGAACUGAUCAUCCUGCCAGGAAAGGCACAUCCUAAAAUGCCAAGCAAAAAAAGCCAGCCUCAGGAGAAGGAUCUUUCUUCAUCCAUUUUACUUUUCACUCCUGUAAAUACUGUUGCAUCUGAUGAUAAUGACAGACCGACAGCAGACCUGUGUUCACCCGCUUUCCCCAUCUUAGGCUCUACUCCAGCUUUUGGCUCCCAAGCCCAUGGAGAAAAGGUGUCUGCAGAGGUUGUUGGACAAGCUUGCUCUACACCCCAGCUUUCUCACUUAAAAGCCACAGUCGGCCUUGCUAGUGAUCAUAAACAAUUUUGGAGCAGCCCACCAAAAUUAGAUAGCAGCCUGCAUGUGGCAGGAAGGGAAGGACAGCCUUCCCGUGACUGUGACUCUGGUCCCCAAGCAACACCUCUACCCAUCGAGUCAUCAACCUACAAAGAAAAUCAGCUCCGUGGAAACACGUGCCAGGAAUCACGGAAACAUUCCACUGAACAGACUGAAAUAGCAGACGUUCCUGCUUGUGAUAGCUUAAACCCAGGCACCCUACAAUUGGUUUCAAAGUUAAAGAAUCCUUCAGGUUCCUGUUCUGUGGAUGUGAGUGCCAUGUGGUGGGAAAUAGCUGGUUUCAAAGAGCGGUGUAUCAUAACUGCUUGUGAAUAUGUAGUUUCUCUUUGGAAACCUCUGGAUACUUGGCAGUGGGAAAAAAUUUAUUCCUGGCACUUCGCAGAGGUCCCAGUAUUACAGAUAGUUCUAGUGCCUGAUGUUUGUAAUCUUGUGUGUGUGGCUUUGGGAAAUUUGGAAAUCAGAGAAAUCAGGGCACUACUUUGUUCUCCUGAUGGUAAAAGUGAAAAGCAAGUGCUCCUGAGUUCUGGAAAUAUAAAAGCUGUGCUUGGCCUGACAAAGAGGAGGCUAGUCAGUAGCAGUGGGACCCUUUGUGAUCAACAAGUAGAAAUCAUGACGUUUGCAGAAGAUGGAGGAAGCAAAGAAAAACAGUUUUUGAUGCACCCUGAAGAGACUAUACUAACUUUUGCUGAGGUUCAAGGGAUGCAGGAAGCUCUGCUUGGUACCACUGUAAUGAACAACAUUGUUAUUUGGAAUUUAAAAACUGGUCAACUCCUGAAAAAGAUGCACAUUGGUGAUUCCUACCAAGCUUCAGUCUGUCACAAAGCUUAUUCUGAAAUGGGGCUCCUGUUUGUUGUUCUGAGUCACCCUUGUGCCAAAGAGAGCAAGUUGUUGGGAAGCCCUGUGUUUCAGCUGAUUGUGAUUAACCCAAAGACGACCCUGAGUGUGGGUGUGAUGCUCUACUGCCUUCCUCAAGGGCAGGCUGGAAGGUUCCUGGAAGGUGACGUGAAAGAUCAUUUUGCAGCAGCAGUAUUAACUUCUGGAACCAUUGCCAUUUGGGACUUACUCCUAGGUCAUUGCACUGCUCUCCUUCCACCUAUCUCUGACCAGAACUGGUCUUUUGUUAAAUGGUCAGGUGCAGAUUCUCAUUUGCUGGCUGGACAAAAAGAUGGAAAUAUAUUUGUAUACCGCUACUACUAAGUUAGGGUAAGGUUGAAACACCGUGUUCUGGAUAUUUUUGGCCUCUUAGCACUUUUUGGAGUUGUUACUAUAAAGGAGACUAUUUGAAAGUCAUUUAAAAUAAUUACCUGUAUUCAUUCAGGCAGACUUUUUACUCCGUUGGUAGGGGCCCUACUAAUCUUGAAUGUUCAUUUAUACUUACUUGGGAGAAACGGAUUUUAGGUUGAUUUUUGUAAUUCCUCACAUUUGCGCAUUUGCUUUUAAAGGUGUAUCUACAUAAAGCUUCAAAUGUUAAUAAAUAUUUAUUUUGAUACA